AUGCUGGCGUUGCCAGUGAAGAAGAAGUAUCGUCUGAACCUGAACUCUGACCUCCCUGAAGAUAUAACUCUGAAUAUUCUAUGUAGGUUGCCGGUUAAGUCUUUGAUUCGAUUCAGCUGUGUAUCCAAACGGUGGCGUAGCAUCAUAGUUUCCGACCCACAAUUCGGAAAAGACCACCUCAAACUAGCAUCUGAGAAGGGAACCAUCACUAGGAGACUCUUCCUCACUGAACACGGUUUAGAUGAUGAAGAAAUCCCCGAACUCGGUGUGCCCUAUCAAUUCAAAUCUUUAGAAACCUCGUUUGGAGAUGAUUCUCUGGUCAGAAAUCUCACCAUCCCACCCGAGGAGCAUGGCAAAGUGCUUUCAUGCAACGGUUUGGUAGCUCUAGGUAGUUUUUCGAAAGGUUGGUCAAUUUGGAACCCAUCGACUAGGUUCCACCGCAAAAUACCUGCUCCAGAUUAUUCACUAGUAAAGAAAAAGAGGUCAUGCCCCUGGAGAGAAGACUAUGAUUUUACUAAUGUGUUGGUUGGUUUUGGUUAUGCCUCAUCCAUUGAUGACUACAAACUAAUUGUUUUAGUAUCCCCCAUUGAUGAUGAAUCUAGUCCAUGGAUGAGAGCUGGUACUUCUUCAUCUAACGUCCUCAACAUCUUCAUAUUCUCUAUGAGAGCUAACUCAUGGAAACUCAGGGAAGCUUCUCGCUGGCCAGCCCGGGGUUACAGUCCUAGGUGCGUAUAUGGAACUCUUUCAAAUGAAGCAGUUCAUUGGGCUAACCACCAUAGAGAAUAUAACUAUGACAUCUACAUAAAUCUAAACAGACCGCAGGUUGAAGAGUUUGAUGUCUGUGCUUUCGAUUUGGGGAAUGAGGAGUUACGUAAUGUGCCUGUUCCGGAUUGUUUUAACCAUGAUAUUGCUAGACAUGGCGAUCGAACAAUGCAGACUGUUGAUCAUGCAGGAGGGUGCCUUUGCCUUUGGUCCGAGACUUAUCAUGGGGAAAUCGAAUUGUGGAUUAUGAGAGAUUAUGGGGUGUGUAAUUCAUGGAUGAAUCUUUUUAAAUUUAGGAAGUCUGCUUUUUGGGAUGUUCUUGGAGGAGUUCCUAUUUGGGAGCCAAGUUUGGUUAUGGAAAGUAGAAAUUAUGAUCGAGCUUGA